AUGUCGCAACGAGAGUACCACAUAGUUGUCCUGGGAUCCGGUGGAGUCGGGAAAAGCUGCCUAACAGCACAGUUCGUCCAGAAUGUUUGGAUAGAGAGCUACGAUCCUACGAUCGAGGACUCUUACCGGAAAGUCAUCGAUGUUGAUGGCCGUCAUGUGGUAUUGGAAAUACUGGAUACAGCUGGGACAGAACAGUUCAGUAAACGCAGAGAACUGUACAUGAAGACUGGCCAAGGCUUUCUCCUUGUCUUCAGCAUAACGUCAGCGUCAUCCUUCCACGAACUCAUAGAGCUGCGCGAACAGAUAGGGCGUAUAAAAGAUGACGACAACGUGCCAAUGGUACUCAUCGGAAAUAAAUCCGACUUGGAAGACGACCGAGCUGUGCCGCGCCCACGAGCAUUUGCCGUAUCCCGCGACUGGAACAUACCAUAUUUCGAGGCCAGUGCCAGGAGACGAGCGAACGUAGACGAAGCUUUCGUCGAUCUAUGCAGACAGAUUAUCCGCAAAGAUCAAAACGAGCGCCGAAAUGUCCCACCAGAUUCGCCAAGACCUGGUGCCUUCAACUCCUACAUCCAAUCAAUCAACUUCCUUCACCAAACCAAACCAACCAACCCCAACAACCACCUCAACAUGUCUGCUCCCAACGCCAACACCCCCAACGAGGGCAUCGUCGGCCAGGCCGUCAACUCUGUCAAGAACGCCGCCAACUACGUCUCCGAGUCGGUCCAGGGCAACACCGCCGAGGCCUCCAAGGAGGGCAACAAGCAGCAGGCCAAGGGCAACGUCCCCGGACAGGACUCCCUCACCGACCGCGCGUCCGGUGCCUUCAACGCUGCUGGCGACAAGAUCAACCAGUCCAAGCACGAGGGCUCCGCCGAGGCCAACAAGCGGUCGAUCUAA